AAAAAUAAAAAAAAUAAAAAACGAAAACAAAAAACAAAAAAUAAAAAUAAAACCCAAGUCCCAUCGUUUUCUUUGAAAAUCUCUUCUGGUGACCGAGAGGUCGUCUUCUCCGGCGAGAGCACCGGGGGUGCGGUCCCGGCAGCGGAACGGGAUUGAAUCUGAGCUCUCUAUCUCUCCCUCUCGCCCCUUCCCACAGCUGUCGGAUCUUCUCCGAGGGUUCGGAUAUCUUCGUGAUGGAGGGACGGAGGGCUGCGAAUUGAGGCAUUGCAUUGCUGCUGCUUCAUGGGGAAUUGCUUCUCUCUCAAUCAGUUGUGCGGCUAUUCGAACGAGAAUUUCGAGACUACUCCUGUUAAAGUUGGAAUUGAAAAACCUGUUGAAACUCUACCUCCUCCUCCUCUGCUUGCCAAAGUAAAGAUAGACAAUUCUGAGGCAAAAACCACUGUCAUUGUGCCGGCAUCUCCCAAAGGUGUGGAAGAGCUAAAGCUGGUUAAUGGUUAUGGGGAUGUCCAUACAUUCACCUACAAUGAGUUGAGACUAGCCACUAAGAAUUUCAGGCCAGAUCUGAUUCUUGGAGAGGGUGGCUUUGGGGUUGUUUAUAAGGGUGUUAUUGAUAACAAUGUCAGGCCAGGUUUCAAGUCCACUGAAGUUGCGGUUAAAGUGCUUGAUCCGGAGGGCUUCCAGGGAGACAGAGAAUGGCUGGCUGAAGUAAAUUAUCUUGGGCAGUUUAGUCAUCCAAAUCUUGUCAAGCUUAUUGGCUUCUGCUGUGAAGAUGAACACAGGCUGCUGGUUUAUGAGUACAUGGCUUGUGGAAGCCUAGAAAAGCAUCUUUUCCGAAGGGUAUGUCUCACAAUGCCAUGGCUUACACGUAUGAAGAUUGCCCUGGGAGCUGCAAAAGGUCUUGCUUGUCUUCAUGGAGCUGAAAGACCAAUUAUCUAUCGUGACUUCAAGACAUCAAAUAUUCUGCUGGAUGCCGAAUAUAAUGCGAAGCUUUCAGAUUUUGGCCUUGCAAAGGAGGGUCCUAUCGGAGAUCAAACCCAUGUUUCUACUCGAGUCAUGGGAACCUUAGGCUAUGCAGCACCUGAGUAUGUGGCGACCGGGCAUCUAACUGCAAUGAGCGAUGUCUAUGGUUUUGGAGUGGUGCUGCUAGAGAUGCUGAUAGGAAGAAAAGCGACUGAUAAGAGCAGGCCAAGCCGAGAACAUAACUUAGUUGAAUGGGCUCGGCCACUACUGAUAAGGCCAAACAAGCUGCUAAGGAUAACCGAUCCGAGAAUGGAAGGCCAGUUCUCAAACAAAAGAAUGCAGAUGGUGGCCAACUUAGCAUACCAAUGCUUGAGUCAUAAUCCCAAAGGCAGGCCUACAAUGAGCGAAGUAGUUAGGAUUCUUGAUCCCUUCAACGACAUGCACAAUGAUGGCGAUGAUGAUAUCUUGGUGCACAGUUCUGGUGGAGCAGUGACCCUUUAUGAAGCCAGCCCCGCUGCUGGUGCUGGUGCUGGUGCUGGUGCAGAGAAUGACAUGAAAAGAAACAAGGCGGCCCCAAACGGUAGAAGCAAAGAGUGAGCCAGCUCUGGACAGCGAGUUUAAAAUAAUCUCAGUGGGAUCUGAUGGAUCUGAUCCACUAGCACAUAGCAGCAGCCGCAACAACGAGCAUAGUACUAAUAAAUAAAACAUGGAUGUAAGAGGUUAAUACAUAAAAAAAACGUAAGGUGUAAGAGGUUAAUACA